ACUUUUCUCAGGUCAUUCUGUAUACAGUGAAGAUUAUUUAAAUAAUGUUCCGGAAAGCCUUUUUUAAAGAUAUGCUGUGGAAGAUUUAUUCAUGCAUAAUUUUUUAUACAAGGACAGAUACAAGUGUUUCACCUGAGAGCACAAAUUGGGACUGUCAUGUUGAUGUAUGCUGCCUGUAUUAACUGGAUUGUUUCAGUUUUAUAGCUCACAUAUGAAGUGUCCCUGCUAUGACUGACGCUACAUUAUCCUGAAGGGUAAAACGACAUGCUGCUGUAAGUCAUUUUUCACGUCCUCGAAUGAAAAACACACACGUAUACCGUAAAAUUAUUAAUGUGACAGUCUUGAAUGUCACUGUUGCCAUGCAGCGCCGAGGACAACUACGCUGUCAAUAGGCAAAUGUCACAUCAAUUAAAGCUUUUUAAGAGGGAACGUAAAGGUCAGCCGGGGCUGUAUAUACUUUGGCUUUUGUCGGACUAAAAAACAUUUUGUACAUUUUGUGAUCUUGGCCUUGAAUCUGUUCUCCACGGAAGCACUCUCCAUUUCAGAUUUGAACUUUAGAGUGUAUCUGUUAUUCCAUUAGCAGGUAAGCAGAACUUAAAUGGCCAAUUUUCUCUUGCAUUAUUGAUAAAGCGUUCACAUCGUGUGCUCGGUCAGUCUAACUGACGACCUGACCAUACACUCGCCACUCUUCUAUUUCUGACCACAUGCUAGAAGCAUCUCCAAGAGGCCCCUCCAGCCUUAUCUCUGCUGUGUGGCUCUGCAUAAGAAGGGGUCUCCAGUCCUUAUCAGUUUGUCCGUUACAUUCUUGGCACCGAUGGAUAGACAAACUGCCAUUUAUGGCUAAAGGAAGACAUGCUGUUCUACUUCCCACAAUACACCAGUGCUUUAUAAAAACCCACAACAGAGACUGUGAGUGGGAGUGUAACAGCUUUUGGUAACCCACUUCUUUCGCUUUUAUUCUGAAGAGUACAGAAAUCACAUCUGAAAAGGGUCUGAUUUUCUGAAUCUAGGCUGUAUUGAGAGUGGGAGUAUUUUCUUCUAAGUGUUUGUUUGCAAGUGUGAAAGGCUACUUCACAUCCUCUAUUAUGGCAUCACUGACAUCUUCCAGCCGGAGAUCCUCCUCCUCCUACCGUUCAUCAUCACGUUACAGCACCUCCAGCUCUUAUCGGUCCGAGGGCUCACUGGGUGGAUCGUCCGAUUCUCUGGAUCCCCUUUUUGAGCCGUUUCUUGACUCGGCUGAUCAUACCGGUCUGUUUGGAGAAGAGGGCCCCGGGGGACCCAGCUGUUUGUCCCCCUUCAGCAGGCACAGCAGAUCCUCCUAUGGACACACUGAUAUUGCUCCUACAGUGUGCUGUGUCUCCACCGCCCCUGUAGGUGGCGCUGUGACAGGCCGGCAGAGCAGCACAGGUGGGCCAGUGCAUCCCCUGGGAGACAGCUACUACAUGUCAGCUAACGUCAGCCAGUAUGAGCCACAUGACAUAGUGGUGAUGGCCUACAACCACCAUGUCGUCAUUCACGCUCAGAAGGUACUUGACGAUGGAAGCAUCAGUGACACAUUCACCCAUAAAUCCCUCUUCCCGGAGGAUAUGGACCCUCUGUCAGUCAGUGGGAGCCUUAACCCUGAUGGUACCCUGGUGGUGAGCGUCCGCCGGACUGCAGCACCAGCUGUGCUGGAGCCACUGGGUGUCCCCACUUAUCGAAGUGAAGCUCACCUCUGAGCUCCAGCCUCAUAGUGCUUCUCUCUCCUAACAUUGUUUGACUAUUAUCAUGUUAUUAUAGCGUUGUCAGCGAGAUACACUCAUGUAUCAAGCCAAUAAUAAGUUAAGUCUGUGAAUGACAAGUUGUGUUUGUCUACCGGUUAAGCAAAACUUUGAUCACUAUAAUAUAUCUCAGCAACUUCUGCUGUACUUGGAUCAGAUCCAUUGGGGUAGGGCUUACAGUCUGCCAGAAUAUCUUUUUGAUAUUACUAUACCAAUGUGGGGUGCCAAAGUUAGAUAAAUACGAAGUCCCACACAGAGUGGCUAUGAAACACAGAUGAACACAGACGACUGAAACCCUCUAAAAAUGCAUGUUUGACUUAAAACAAGUAGCCCCAGGUCAGUCUCUGUAAUCUUUUUUAUAUGAACAAUGUAAUAAGUGUACUUUUUUCAUGUUCUUGUGUAAAUCACAAGUUGCACAACCAGUGCAAGUUGCAAACUUUGUCUGUAGUGUCAAACUAAUUUAUAUUAUGAUUCAAGGUUCAAUAAAUGUGUGUUUUGUACAGAAAAUGUUUGCAAAUGUUUUUGUUAA